UUUCAUUCUUUAAGCACAAGACAGAGACACAAGUAAGACAUGGCUUCUGUAGUAUCUGUCACACUUUCAUGUGUUAUCAUUUUGGUAUUAGCUUUAGCUGCUACUUCAAAUCCUAUUCAGGAUAGUUUUUACCAGUGUCUUGGUCUGAAUUCCAAGGCCUCUCCAAUUCCGUUUUCUUCGUGUUUUUACACACCCAACAUCACCUCAUUCAGCUCUGUUCUUCAGUCCACGGCGCAGAAUUUAAGGUGCUUGGUGCCUACUGUGCCGAAGCCUGAGCUUAUUUUUACGCCAGUGCAUGAAACGCAUGUGCAGGCUGCUGUAGUAUGCGUGAAAAAACUUGGAAUUCAGCUGAGGAUUCGGAGUGGUGGGCAUGAUUAUGAGGGACAGUCUUAUACUUCUGAAAUGGAACCACCGUUUGUGGUGGUUGAUCUGUCGAAGCUUCGAGGGAUUAGUGUUGAUAUUGAAAAUGGCACUGCAUGGGUCCAGGCUGGUGCAACCAUUGGCGAGGUCUAUUACAGGAUUGCUGAGAAGAGCAAAGUGCAUGCCUUUCCGGCUGGACUUUGCACGAGUUUAGGCGUUGGUGGGCACAUUACAGGGGGCGCGUAUGGUCCUAUGAUGAGGAAAUUUGGCCUCGGGGCUGACAAUGUUGUUGAUGCUAAAAUCAUUGAUGCUAAUGGUACGAUUCUGGACCGGAAAUCAAUGGGGGAGGACUACUUUUGGGCCAUUAGAGGAGGUGGUGGAGGAAGUUUUGGGGUCAUCUUAUCUUGGAAGAUCAAGUUGGUUCAAAUUCCAUCAAGUGUAACUGUGUUUACAGUUCCUAAGACCUUAGAAGAAAACGCGACAAAGAUCCUGUACAAAUGGCAACAAGUUGCAGCAGAUAAAUUGGAUGAGGAUCUCUUCCUCAGAGUGUUCAUCCAACCUGCAAACUCUACAAAAAAAGGGGAGAGGACCAUUCAAACUACUUAUCAAGGCUUGUUUCUUGGAGCAACUGAUAGGCUAGUUCAAGUCAUGGACGAAACGUUUCCUGAAUUGGGUUUGCAGGCUAAAGACUGCAAAGAAAUGAGCUGGAUUGAAUCGGUUCUCUACGUUGCACAAUAUCCAAGUACAGUACCUACUAAAGCCCUGCUAGACGGCAAAUCAACAUUCAAGAAUUAUUUCAAAGCUAAAUCUGAUUUUGUGAAAGAGCCAAUUCCUGAAAGUGGGCUUGAAGGGAUCUGGACCAGGUUUUAUGAAGAGGAUUCCCCCCUGAUGAUCUGGAAUCCCUAUGGUGGAAAAAUGGCUAAUAUUUCUGAAUCCGAAAUUCCAUUUCCACAUAGGAAAGGCGUGCUGUUCAAAAUUCAGUAUGUCACGUCAUGGUAUGAAUCAGCCAAAGAUUCAGUUACCAAGCACGAGGACUGGAUGCAGAAAUUUUACAAUUACAUGGCUGCUUAUGUUUCCAAGUCCCCAAGAACGGCCUAUGUGAACUACAGAGAUCUUGAUCUGGGAAUGAAUAAAUAUGGAAAUGCGAGCAUCACAGAGGCAAGCGCUUGGGGUAAUAGGUAUUUCAAGGACAAUUUUGAUCGAUUGGUUCAAGUAAAGAGCAAAGUUGAUCCAGAAAACUUCUUCAGUCAUGAACAAAGCAUCCCAGUACAAUGAGAACCGAAAAACAGAAGAUUCUUCUGAGCAUCAUUGUUUGACACUAUACUAAAGAAUAACAAUGUUUCUAUCUUUUCAAAUCAAAUAUCAUACUAAAAACAAAAGGACAUAUACUGAUCCAUGUUUGCUUACCUGCAAUGUAUGUUUUAAUUUUGUAAGUAGUGAUCAAGGAUCAAGUAAUUUUCAAUUAUUUUAGCAUCUGUAUGUGAUGAGGAAGAGUAUAAUAAUAUUUUGCUUUAACAAA